AUGGAUCCCCACAAAGUGAUAGCAGACAUGGAGGAGCUGGACUAUGUGAUAGCGAAGCAAGAAGAAAAAGAAUUCCUUAAUUCACAACGCGAUCUAUUACACCAGCAAGCGAUAGUGUCGCAGUAUAAUAAUCCGAUGACUUACCUCACCCCAAUCCUCAUUGCCUCCCUCGUCAUUGUUUCUGUUUUAGUAGUUGUGUGUAUGUGUGGUGGAGGUUUCUGUUGGUACGUGCGUUUCAACAAAAAGGAAGAAGAGCGCGCGCGGGACUUGGAGCAGCAGCGAAUGAUCCACCCGAACAACCAUAAUAACUCGUACUCGGCGGCGAUUUACGCCGAAAAUAAUUACCUGGUCGAGCAGCGAAAAGCGAACUCGGAGAGCUUCGCCACUUCAUCGGUCCGCUCGAGCUCGCGUUCAACCUCGCGGAGGCCCCACGACUCCGACAAAGGAUCCUGGGAUGGUCCCGCCAGUAGCGGGAAGUCAUCAGCAGCCCAAGGGGGCAUGGGGUCGUUCGCCCCAAUGAAAGGGCCCAGCAAGGGGCAACCCCUCGCAGGUGCCGGAUUUAACUCGUCGAUGGCGUCCGGCACCGGCUACACAUCCACCAAACCGCCGCAGAAAAUGAGCACGACGCCCGUCGCCGGCCAGCGAUCAGGAAAAAACAAGCAAGCCUCGCCCCUGGAUGAAGUGACAAUGACCGAAUUCGUCAAGUACAAGAGCAAAAGAAAAGUCGACAACACGAAGCGCCGGGUCAAGGAGCGCCGCGACCGGUCCACCAACUCCGUCCGCUCCAUCCUCAACAAGGUCCUCGGGCCGUUGAGUCCGACCAGGCUGCCGAUCUACGAUGAGGUCCGCCGCGAGGCCGAGUUCGAGUCAAAUCUCGGCAGAUCCGACUACGGAGAUCUAAAAAGACGACUUGAUGACAUCAUCAAAAGAAUCGACUCGACGCUUGAACCAUCUGAAGAGAAAAAGAAAAGAGAAUUUGGCGCGACUCAAUUUUUGAUGGGGCCAACGCAGCGUCCUGCGUUUCUUCCCGGUCCAACUCAGGUGUUCAAUCCGCAGACACAGACCCAGAUGAGCAAGACACAGAUGCUCAUGGCUGGCAACUCGGGAGUGCAGUCUGUGAAGCUGGCCCCACCUUCUCCGCCCAUUUUUGUGCCGGAAACGAUCACUCAGAAGAUGAUAAAGGAGACACAGCCUGAGAGAAUGGAGGUGCAGAGCUCUUUCAAACGUCAAUCUUCACCAGAAUCUGGCAUCGCUUCUGAUGACAAGCUCUACGAGCCACUCACUUCUUCUCAAUCGUCCACCAUAACCUCAGAUGAGCUGGAAGAACCAGAAGAAGAGGUCCAAAUCAAUCGAUCGAAGAGCACCAGUCGUCCUUGGAAGCCGCCACGAGUAACGACUGCUACUCGAAAAUCGUCCAAGACCAGAACUGCCCGCCCAUGGAGACCUUUUUUCGUCGACGAAUAA